AUGUCAACCGAACAACAAACGACUUCUGACGAAAAAACUAGUACCGGAAAUGAGCACAUUAAUCUAAAGGUGGUUGGAAAUGAUCAUAACGAGAUGUUUUUCAAAAUCAAAAGACACACACAACUCAAAAAGCUAAUGGAUGCUUUUUGUGCAAGACAGGGAAAGUCUUUAGCUUCACUUCGAUUUCUUUAUGAUGGUGAACGUGUACGUGAAAAUCAGACUCCUCAAGAGUUGGAUAUGGAAGAUGGGGAUACUAUCGACGUUAUGGUUGAGCAAACAGAGAUACCAUAUAAAAAUUUAAACUUAAGAGGUAGCAUUGAUGGAUUUCAAAGAUUAUAUGCGGAUAAAAAUAUUACUUUAAUAGUUAUGGACAUGCGAAUGGCAGGAACAUUAGAUUUAAUUGGUGGAUAUAAUCCUUAUUAA